AUGAAUAAAAAUCAGAUUCUUAAUAAAAAAUACAUUAUCAACUCUAGUGGUUAAUUAAGGUAUUACAAAAAGAAAUCAAAACGAUAAGUUCAUAAAACAGAAGAUUAUAGUGAUUAGAUAACUUAGCCAUUGCCUCCAAUUUUAUAGGCUGCAAGAAUCAACACCCAAUUGGAUAACAUAAAUCUCAAAUACAGAACUAAACCUCAUUCUAAUAAUACAACUAAUACUCCAACUAACAAGAAUAUAUCUCUACCUCUUCUUAAAAUAUUACCAAAUGAUAAUGAAGAGUAAAUCAAGCAGAAAAUCAAUUCAUAUUUUAUAUCAUCAAAUUAAGCAAAGGUUAUCAUUAAGAAUGAUUUCCUUAAAUAAAAUAUGAUUGGAUAUAGUAAAGUGAGCACAAUUAUGAUUAUUUGA